CCGCCCUGCCGCCGCGGCCUGGGCGUGGCGCGCGGGGCCGGGCCGCUCGCGGGCGGUGGAGGAGCCGCCGCCAUUUUGGUGUCGCUGCCUCGUCCCGCAGCGCGGCCGGUGGGAUGCGGCGCGGAGCAGCCUGACGCGGCGGCGGCUCCUGCGGCGCUGAGGAGAUGGAUUCCGGCGCCCGCCCGGGCGGCGGCGCCCCGGGACAGUCCCGCGAGUACAAGCUGGUGAUGCUGGGCGCGGGUGGCGUCGGCAAGAGCGCCAUGACCAUGCAGUUCAUCAGCCACCGGUUUCCAGAGGAUCACGAUCCCACAAUUGAGGAUGCUUAUAAAAUCCGAAUACGCAUCGAUGAUGAACCUGCCAAUCUAGAUAUCUUGGACACAGCAGGGCAGGCAGAGUUUACGGCCAUGAGAGACCAAUACAUGAGGGCUGGCGAGGGAUUUAUCAUCUGUUAUUCAAUCACAGACCGGCGCAGUUUCCAUGAAGUGCGUGAGUUCAAACAGCUAAUAUAUCGUGUUCGACGCACUGAUGACACUCCCGUGGUCCUGGUGGGAAAUAAAUCUGAUCUGACACAGCUACGGCAGGUCUCCAAAGAAGAAGGCUCUGCUUUAGCACGAGAAUUCAACUGCCCUUUUUUUGAAACUUCAGCUGCAUACCGUUACUAUAUUGAUGAUGUAUUUCAUGCUCUUGUGCGAGAAAUCCGCAGGAAAGAAAAAGAAGCAGUAAUGGCAAUGGAAAAAAAAUCAAAACCGAAAAGCAGCAUGUGGAAAAGACUGAAGUCACCAUUUAGAAGGAAGAAGGAUUCGGUCACUUGAACAAAGAGAAUUCCUCUGCAAAACAAAACCAAACCUGUGAACAGCCAUUUGUAACCAAAGCAGUUUAGUGACAACAUUUUGACAGCGUGUUUUAAACCUGAUGGGACUUUUGUGAGGGAACGCAUUACUUUUACCAAUUAUUUUUGUUUAGAAUUAUAUUCCCUUAAUUUUGGGUAUUUAAUUUCAGACACAGUAACAGUUAUACUUUUGUUCUGUCCAUUUUUUUACUGGAUCCAGCAAAUGUUGCUUGUAUGACAUUGGUUACAAAUGCUGAUAGGUUUAUGUCCCUGCACUUUGAAUGUUUGUCUUUGGUCACUGCGUGCUGGAAGCUGAAUUGUGUUAAAAUAUUGCUGAAGUUCUACCCAACCUAACUUAAUUAAUUUUUUUCCUAGUUGUUUGCACCAGAAAAUUUUGCUGCUCUCCGGAACAGUAACCCACAUCACGAAAGGUGGCUAUUGAGGUUGUGCUGAAAAGUAGUUUACAAAGUGUGUGUCAUGACUAGCGGCCACGGCUGUGUAUAGGUGUGAGCAGAACUGUGCUAGAGUUCUUGUGUUCUCAUUGAAUAGAUUUUUUUUUCCAUCAGAAGUAAUGUGGAACACUUGUACAAGUUUAUCUAAACUAUCAUAAUCAGCGGUGUUGUAGGUGGGAUUCUAAACAAGUCAGAAAAAGCAAAUUAUGGUUCCUAUGGCAGCUAUAACUUGGCAACAGCACAUGAAUAUGUAGCAUUUUCCUACUGUAUAUAGCAUUUACUGUGUUGCCAUAGCAUGUGUAAUUUAAUGCUGUAGGUGCUGCAGAAACCACAGCUUUGAAUUUUCUGACUUGGUUGUUAAAAAUCGUAGCUGUAACGGUGCGCUGGCUUAUUUAUUUACAUUCAGUUUUAUGCUCUUGUCUUAAAAAGAGCCAGUAUCUUUGUUAAGUAGAAGUCUCUAACAUAGUAAUUUCAAAUUAUUCUAUGAUAACUACUUUGUAGAGAAAAUGACUGAUACUGAGGUAUCUGGGCCCAGAAUUAAUAUCCCUAGUACCGGUGAGAUUCUUCCAGUGCAGUCUUAAAAGCAGAAUUGCUCGUGCAGUGGAAGGAAGCAGUUAGCUGGGCACGGUGACAGUCCUGACAGACAUUCGCCACAUCCCUGACCUGACGCACGCAGGCGGUCCAGGUAGCGCAGGUGCCGGUUUUUUUAUGCUCGACAAAGAACAGUCUGGUGAAGAAAGUGCUGCUGAGGCAGACCCGGCAUACGGAGAGAGAUUCUCUGCUUUCCAGCUGAUUAACAUACACAUCACUUAGAGAAUUUAAAUCCAGCAGAGAGAUGGAUGUCUAGUGUUCCUCUGGAUUUUUUUUUUAGUAAUAGAACAAAUGUAGGUAACUCAGACAUGGUUAAUGCAAAUUUCUCAGAGAAUGAAGUGCCUAGAAUCCUUCUGUUUAAGAGUGAAAGUGCUUAGACUAAGUGUAGCAUAGCAUCUGUUACUCUCCGAUCACCUGUGUCAGUAAACGUUAAUCUUACUGAUCAAAACUCAGACCUGCAAUGCCAGUCUUGGUGUGCUGCAUGUGCUAAUGCAGUCAAAACUGAAAAUUCAUCUGUAAAAGGAUUAGUACAAGAAGCGAGGGUGGCAAAUGUAUAAACUUAAGCUUUUUUUCUUGUUAAACUCCUUGUUGCUUAAGAUACAACUGGAAAUUCUGUGCCUGUUGGUUUUAAGAGUAUUUUCUUUGUGUAAGAUUUAGCAAACCCUUACAACGAGAAAUUUGGAGGGGGCUUAAAUUUUGUAUUCUGUUUGUGGCUGAGCAGCUAAACAUUUAAAUUAGUUUCUGUUUCUCAUUUCCUUCCAGUGCUCCAGUGUUACACUACACUGGUAAUAAUCACACAUAUUGUGAUUGAGAAAGGCUGAGAAUGAUUCAGGUUGUUCAGAAUUUAAGACCUCUUUUACGUUAACUGUGCGAGCAGUUGUGUGCGUCUUGUCAGUAGUUACUGGUUGAGGACCAAAAGCCCUCCUCCUCAUUCUCUGUUGGGAUUAAAUGCUGUCUAUAACUCAGAUAAAAAUCCUAGGAAAACAAUCUAGCAGAAAGUUUGAGGAGAAGAAGGAGGCAACAGAUAAGAAGUUGCUCUAAAAGCAGUUGCUGAUUCUGUCACGUUAACAAUUAUGCCAGACCAGCCUUCGGAAAUGCUGAAUGGGGGCCUGGGGGUGAUCACAAGUUCUCCCUGUGUUUUUCCUUGAUACAGUAAGUUAACAUGGGAUAUUAGCCAGCCUCCUACAUUCAGAGUUUUCAGAUAAUGUGUAAAGGUAACCUGUCAGCCGACUGAAAGCUGUAUUGGGACUAUUUUAACUUCUAAAUAACUGAUGUCUGUGCCUUAUGUGAUCCCUUCAAUGCAAUUUAAGUGUUUACUAAUGCCUUUGUGAGCCUGUUGCUUAUAGAAUUAUUACAUCAGAACAGCAGCACUUUUUUUACACAGUGUUAUUCAAAAAGAGUUUUAUUUUUGUCAUGUAUAAAUUUGUACACAGAAUUGUUUUAUUUGACACAAUAUAUAAUUUUUAAUACAAACAUUUGCAUUUGA